AUGCCGUCAAUCGGCGUGUACACAGAGAGCGGGCGCAGCCCCAAGAGCGCUCUCGCCUGGGUCUCCUGGAGAAACACAAGGCAAGUCCGCCCCAUUCUGGCAUCCAGCCGCCCGUCCUUCUUUGGCCUGGCGACGGCAAGCCUCACACUCGUUUCGAGCAGUCCUCAAACUGACUACAAACUCCGUGCCCAAGACCACAACCGCAAGAAGCGCACGCUCAAGAACCUAAAAGCCAAGGUUGCCGAACGAAACGAAGAUGAGUUCUUCUUCGGCAUGUUGUCGCGGUCCGGCCCCCAGGGCGUACUUUCCAAGGGCAAGCGGUGGACUGGAACCGUUGACGGCGACAGAGGAAACAAGGCGCUCGACGUUGACACCGUGCGGUUACUCAAGACCCAGGACAUUGCCUACCUGAGGACGGUGCGCAACACGGCAGCCAAAGAAGUCCGCCAGCUCGAGGAGAGGGUCGUAGGGCUAGGCGGUAGCCUGGAUGGGGGCGUGCGGGAAGAGGUCGACGACGAAGACGAGGAUGACUGGAUGGACGAGGACGAAGGUCCCGCGAGGAAGAAGCCGAGAAAGAUUGUCUUCGCCGAUGGCGUCGAGGAGCGGGAGGACCGGAUAGCCCUCGAGGACGGCAGCGAACCCGACGAGGACGAUGAUCAUGACGAUGACCAGAAAGACGGCAAAGAGGACCCCGAAAAGCUGAGGGCAGAGCAACGGCAGCUGCUGCUCCUCAAGCUGCAACGCCGGCUCGCGAAUUCCCGGAAGAAGCUCAAAGCACUGUCGACAGCGGAGAACCAGCUGGAGAUGCAGAAAGCGCGCAUGGCCAAGACACAGACAGUCGGGGGCGUCACAAAAUCGGGCAAGAAGUUCAAGGUCCGCGAAAGAAAGCGGUAG